AUGUUCUCGCGACAGGCAGUGCUCCGCGCCGCGCGGUCCGCCGCCCCCCAGCGCGCCAUCCAGGCCCAAGCCCGCACCUACGCUGCCGCUGCCUCCAACGAGAAGGUCAAGGCUCCCGUCUCGCUCUUCGGCCUCGACGGCACCUAUGCUACUGCUCUGUACACUGCCGCCGUCAAGACCUCCUCCCUCGAGCCCACCGCCAAAGGCGUGACUUCCCUCGCCAACCUCCUCGCGAAGGACCCCAAGCUCGUCGGCAUCCUCGAGGCCCCUACCCUCUCCGCCGCCGACAAGUCGGCCAUUGUUUCCGAGCUCACGAAGAGCGCUGGCGUCUCUGGCGAGACUGUCAAGAACCUUUUGGCUGCUCUUGCUGAGAACAACCGCUUGGGCUUGCUGCCUGGUGUGUGCGCCAAGUUUGGCGAGCUGAUGAGCGCUGCUCGUGGUGAGGUUGAGAUGGUUGUUACCUCUGCUCAGCCCCUCGACAACAAGACCCUCAACCGCCUUGAGUCUGCCGUCUCCAAGUCCUCGUAUGUUGGUGAGGGCAAGAAGCUCAAGGUCAAGAACCAGGUCAACCCCGACAUCAUCGGCGGUCUCAUCGUCGAGGUCGGCGAGAGAACAAUCGACUUGUCCGUCUCCGCCAAGCUGGCCAAGAUGAACAAGCUCCUUACUGACACCUUGUAA